AUGGCGACAUAUCCAAGGAGGAACGUACGCAACGAUUUGCUGCCGACCGAUCGACAGGUGGCUCCCAAAGAUCAGCUGCUGAGAAUAGCAGAUUGCCGUGUCUGUCAGAAACGCCGUAUAAGAUGUGAUAGAACUGUCCCCCAGUGCCAGAAAUGCGGCGUCCGUGGCUUCACGUGUCCUGGCUUUCCAUCGAUAGUUCUGAGAUGGGACCAAGGAAUUGCCAGUAGAGGGAAGUUCACUGGACGGAAGUUGCCUCUGCUGGACAAUGAUAAAUCCACGAACCCAGCAACUUCACGAGUGAAUCGGCAGAUUCGCGAGGGAACCCUUCACACAUUGACGCAAAAAAUGCAGGCCCACAUGCUUGGAGCCUCAUUACCUUAUGCUAGCAACGCGAGUGCCUUCUCAAUAGUCGAAACGCUAGCCUCUAUGCUCGCCCUCUGCUACAGCGAGAUAUUGAUCCCAAAUUCAAAAGAGUGGGGACUUCAUCUUCAGGCCUGUCGAAUCAUAAUCGAAAGGCAUAGUUUACAGACCGAUGCAGCACAGAAGCAAAGCAGCUACAUACACUUUCUCGUGAAAGAGGUUUCUGAUCUCUUAGCGUGUGGGAAUUUCUCGAUAUUCUCUCGGCAUGCUGAGUACUCCACCGCGCCAUAUCGCUCUAAUAUCCCAGAUAAUCAGUACUGGGGGUUUCUGAACCUGAUAGACGAGAUCACAGUGGCGGAAAGAUCGAGAUACGGUAUUCUUUUCCGCAACGAAAACCUAUCCCCCAUGGACAUGAGUUAUUGGCAUGUCAAACUUGACAAAGCAUACGGGAAAGCCACUCAGAUGCUAACCAGUUUGGCCCCUCCCGGAAAAUGCCGACGGAAGUAUUCUUCUGCUAUCGUGAAAGCCCACUACUACGCAGUGUCAAUCUACUGUUUUCAAUCAUUUGAGCAUUGUGGGGAUUCAAACAUCGAGUCACGGAAGCCUUCGAUUGAAAGUUUGGUGGAGACGAUAGCGUGUGCUGCCAUGGAACCUUGCUCUGCAUUCGCUCACGAUUUAUUCUUCCCUCUUUUCAUUGCGGGCACAGAAUGCCGAACCGAUAAAUUGAAACAGCAGAUAAUUGAGGAGUUCUUUGAACAAUCAAUUUCUGCAUGUGGAUUUUGGUGCAAUGAUGCUGCACGGAGGUUUUUACGCGCUUUUUGGAAAUCUUCAGAUGAACGCGGAACGAUGAACUGGAUAAGCUUUGCCCGGAAGAAUGAGCAUGAAAUUGGCUCAUUUGUCGUAUUCUGA